GAAGAAUGAAAGUAAAUAAAUAAAUCUUUAUUUAAAGAAACGCCCCCGUAUUAGUCAUCGAGACCAAAACAAGACCGGCGAAAAAACCCAACCAAGACGCCAUGUUUUCUGCCACUAGGGCCUUUACUUUCAAGUUCCCUCUUCCAUCUUUCGCAUUCUCCGCCAAAACCCUCAUGGAGUCUCCACCCAGAAACCCUAAAGCUAACGUUUUUAAUUCUUCUUCUCGUAGUCCUUCAAGAAAAGCUGAUGCCAGAGACACUGAUGAUGUAUCUAUAACGCUGCAGGAAUGGCAGGGUUGGGGCACCAUAUCGCUUGUACCAGCUAAGGUUUUGGAAGUUGUUGAGGAUUUGAAGCUUUUGGAGAGAACCAAUGAUGCCCAGAUGACUUUUGGUGGCAAUGGUGGCAAACUUCAGGGUGAAUUUAAAAUUCAAGAGGACAAGAAACACAGAGCAACAUAUGAGGCUUUAGGUGAUUCUGAAAAAAAGAUCCAAUUCUUUGCAGCUAGACAAAUAGCAUGUCGUGUGCUUGGAAGUAGAGAUUAUCUUUGCCAGAAGUGCUGGCUGACUUUGGAAGAAGAUUGCAUGUGUUCAAGAGUCAAGCACUCCUCUUUAUGGCCUGGUAUACGUUUCUGGUUGUAUAUGCAUCCAAAGGAUUUUCUACGACAAAACAACACUGGAAAAUUGUUAUGGCAAGUAUUUGGAAUUCAAUCAGCUACUUUAUGUCUCUUUGGUAUUCCUGAGCACGAGGAAAUAAUGAGGAAUGCAUUCAAGUUUUCAGGAAAAGACAACGUUUGGUGCCUUUAUCCCAACAAGAAUGCAGUCACAAAGUCAGUUCACGAUGCUUUUGGUCAAGGAUUUUCGGAUGGCAUAGAACACUCCCCCACUGUGAAAAAUGAAGACAAAACCUUGAAUUUUGUUUUGAUUGAUGGUACAUGGAGUAACUCUGCUGCAAUGUUUAGGCGUUUAAAGGAGCAAACAAAGUCAGUUUGGGGAGAGGAGGAUCUUCCUUGCAUUUCCCUGGCCACUGGUGCAUCUACAAUGCACAAACUGCGGCCUCAGCCAUCAUGGGAUCGUACCUGUACAGCAGCAGCAGCUAUUGGCCUCCUUUCAGAACUGCAAUGCCUUCCAGAGUUCUGCUCCUAUGGAUUGGAUAAACAGGCGGAAGCAUUAGAGGAUGCCUUGGUUGUUUUACUAGAAGCCCUAACAACUAGACGUCUUAGGAUGGGCAGGUCAAUAACACGUAAAGUGAGACACGCCAGCAAUAUCUGUUAAGGGCCAGCCUGCUAUCAUAUUCUUUAGAGUUGAGAAUUGCAGAGGUUACCGAAUUUUGCUUUAGUUAUGAUGCUAAUUUUAACCACUAUCAUAGUCAGCAAUCAAGUGAUCAAUGCACCCACACCAGCCAUUAGGUGUGAUUUUUACUCCUAUGCCGCAUCACAUGGUAGUUCUGUUGUGAUGUGGCCUCAAUUUUCAUGUAGUUUCAUUUUGGAAUAGCUUCUCACAUUGUGACUUACUUUUGAGAAAAAGCUGAUGUUUGUUGUGUAAUUGCUGCUAGUAUAUUGGAUAAAUCUGAGAAACACAUCUCUCACCAGCUGAAACAAAUUAUUUUAAGUUGGAUACAUUUUCAGUUCUGAGAUCCCAAUAAGUUCACCUCGGAGAAGAGAAGGGUGGACUUCUCCAGCGCCGAUGAUCAAAACAGCUGAAAGCAUACAAAUAUGUAGUUGUGUGUUCUUUCUAUUAAAUUUGAAAGUUUAUUUAGUUUAGUUAGAUCUUUACAUUCUUUAAUGCAGCAAUUUUGGUUCAUUGCACAUAAUUGUAGUCUGGAUUUUCCCUUCUCAUAGUAAAAAAUAACAUUAUAGGAGUGCUGAGUUCAUGAUCAA